AUGAAAAAACCUUUUGAAUCAGCUUCAGUGACGUUUAAAAGUUGCUGUGUUACACAGCAGUGAACAGUUCCUUACAUCAUACAAAUAUGUGCGAUGAUAGCAUCGUUCUUCACAUUUACAACAUCAACGUCAACCUGAAUCCUCAAAAUUCGAGCAUGACUUGAAGCACUCUGUCGAGUUACGUUAUUCUAGUGAAGCUCAAAUGAAACGAUGAAGUUUGUACGCAUCAUCGACCAGAUUAAGCUUGGUCCAUUUCGGCGUUGUAAUAUAAUGGGUUAGAUUCGGUGCAGAUGGUUCUGACUGGGCAAAGGCUUUUCCAAGAACCGACCUGCCAAUCAUCAGAGAUGGUAUUUAUGUGAGGAAGAAUGCAUCGUUUCUGGGACGUCGGUGGUUAGCUACCACUCGAUACUGAAAGGUCUAAUUUCCCAGAAGUUGGUGACCAUCUGAUAUGUGUUCACUUACGACGGUUGGGUUUCACAUGACCGCUGUGAACAGUGAGCAUUCUCGGUAGUUCUCAUUUAGGGAGGUUGGAUUGGAAGUCAUGGCACGUAGCGAAGCUGUAGAGAAAGGGAAAGGAUCCAAAAAUCGACUUGGUUCGAAAUUUUUUGGUGUCAGUUCUAACAGUGCCGAGAAGAUCCCGCCACUUUCAUCACGUCAAAAGUCUUCAAGAAAGAGAGCUUUGGAUGAAGUGAUCGAAAUAGAUGCGGAGGAUUGUUGUGAUGCCAGCACAGAGAAGAGAAACUCUGUCAUCAAUGGAUCAUCACGGAAAGUCAUUCGUAUUGAUCCACCAGAGAGGGAAGAUGGCCAUGAUUACAAGGUCGUGGAGGGUCUUGGAACAAAAAAUUCCAGGGUUCCGGAAUCGAGUAUACAAGAAUUUGGCAGCAAGCUAUCAGACGUAUGUGAUUCUCAGAAGUCCCAGAUUCUCCUAAGCAAGUGGAAAAGAUUACCAAAAGUCUUAGAUCAUCAGAAAAGAUCCUCAGAUAGGAGUUUAAGAGGAAGUCUUGAAAGCUUCUCUGAAGAAAAAGAUCUCCUUGCAAAUGAUGUAGGACCAAGUUCGGCUGCGGAGGAACGCAAAUUUGGAAAGCAGGAGAAAAUUAGGGAACAUGAACUGAUCCGAAAGGUCUUGCGAACCGCUCAUUUGGCAGAGGAGAAUGAGAGGGCUAUUGAACAGGAGGAAGAUGCUAUUCUGUUGGAGAAAGAUACUGUAAGCAUUUCGUCAAGGUUGAAGCCGAGAGCUUCGACCGAUAGGGACAGAAAAAGAAGAGCUGGCAAGGGAGAUGCAUCACCACCAAAGCAAGAACAGAAAAAGCCACGCAUUGAUGUUGUGACAACGGAGGGAUCAUCUAGGAGUGGUGAGCUAAAAGUAAGAACUAGUCUUACAAACACUUGGAAGCGACUAAAGAGAGAGAAUACAAGAAACAGGCCUUCUGCUUCUAUAGAUAUGGGAAUAAGUGUUUCAGAGGCUUGGAAACGAUUGCGGGAGGAGAAAGUCACUGAGACGUCAGGUAGCUCGUUGAAUGGGCGGUCGGACAGUGACUUGUCCAUGCGUUCGAGUGACUCGGAAUCAGACAUGUUCGAGGAGCGAUCGAAGAAAGCUCGCUACGACCUUUCAUUACCAUGCCAAGGUAGAGAACAAGUUUGUAAGAUUAGUGAGCCUAAAGAAACUCCCCUCAGAAAAAGGUUACGACAAGGCAGUGAAUUCAGGUCCUCAAGUAGCUCUGGAAGCCAUGUAGCACACUCUUCUUACCUUCACAAUAGAAGGUGGAAAAGGCCCCGGUUUGAGGAUUUGAUGUCCAUGAAAAGUGGGUCCUGGAAAAGGCAAGACAGACAGCUUCAAGAAGCUGCAGAGGAUUCCGGAGAGAGUUCUAGAAAAAGGAUUCAAUGUGAUACACCUGAGAAGCCCAGAAAAAAGCAACGGAAGUAGGCAUGAAUUAUUAUAUUCUGAUCUCAAGUUACAACUCCUGUGGUUAUCCCUUGGUUCAGAGUGAUGAGGAGGUACGAUUGUCACUUAGCCACCUCGAAAUGCUGGAACAGUCUUGCACUUGUAUGUUUGAUACUUCUACUAUUCGGAAGUUUCACUUCAGAUAGCGUCUAGGUUUCGAUUUCUUUUCGGCAUUGUGACAGUUCGGCAAGAGCUUUUUAUCAUUUUUGAGGUACAACUUACAUUCUUUUGGAAAACAUUUAAAAAAAAAAAAACAGAAUCACGAUGAUCAA